GUACAUUCACAUCGGCGCCAUCCUUUUCACCUCUCACCUCUUUAUGGCUUCCUAUCCCCUUCAACUCUCCAGAUUACAUUUCUAAGUCUUUAUUCUCUAAUAUUUAAACAGAUUUCAAUUAAACUUUCCUUCAAUUCAAUUUCAUUUUCCAUUUAGAAACUCCAUCAAUUAAGAUGAAGAUGGAGUUGUAUAAAGGAAUUAAAGAAUUGCGGCCAUUGAUGAACUUACUGUUUCCUUUGUGUGUUCACUGGAUUGCUGAAGAAAUGACUGUAUCCGUGCUUGUGGAUGUUACCACCCGUGCGCUUUGCCCUUUUCAGACUACCUGCUCUGAGGCUAUUUAUCUCAACGGCCUUCAACAAACUGUGGUUGGAAUUUUUAAGAUGGUGGUACUUCCACUCUUGGGUCAGCUUGCUGAUGAUUAUGGACGGAAGCCAUUGCUCCUUAUUACUCUAUCCACAACAAUUAUCCCCUUCUCUUUACUUGCCAUUGACCAAUCCAGAGAAUCUGUUUAUGCUUAUUAUGUACUCCGGACAAUUUCCUACAUUAUAAGCCAGGGGAGUAUAUUCUGCAUUGCCGUUGCUUAUGCUGCAGAUGUCAUUGAGGAUUCCAAAAGAGCUGCUGUAUUUAGUUGGAUCACAGGUCUAUUUUCCGCAUCCCAUGUACUGGGAAAUGUGUUGGCUCGAUUUCUCCCGGAACAAUACAUUUUUGCGGUAUCAAUUGCUCUUUUGAUCUUUUGCCCUGUUUACAUGUUAUUCCUUCUGCCUGAAACUGUGAGCCGAAGACAAAGAGAGGAGUUGCAGUCUUCCCUUUGUUCCAAGUUUCUGACUGUUCCAAAAGAGCGAUUCAAGUCAAUGAAAUAUGCUGCAACUAUAGUGGUUCACAGUCCAACACUUCGUGGAAUUUCUGUGGUUUCCUUCUUCUACGAAUUGGGGAUGUCUGGCAUUACUAGUGUGUUGCUGUACUACCUGAAGGCGGCUUUUGGUUUUAAUAAAAAUCAGUUUUCUGAAAUAUUGAUGGUUGUUGGAGCUGGUUCAAUUGUUUCUCAGAUAUUGGUGCUUCCUCUUGUCAAUCCGUUGGUGGGAGAAAAAGUAAUAUUAUGUGCAGCUUUACUUGCAUCAAUAGCCUAUGCGUUGUUCUAUGGUUUUGCUUGGGCAAGUUGGGUACCAUAUUUGAGUGCUUCAUUCGGAGUUAUAUAUGUGCUUGUGAAACCUUCUACAUACGCUAUCAUUUCAAAAGGAUCAAGCUCCAAUGAUCAGGGUAAAGCACAAGGUUUCGUGGCUGGUGUCCAAGCAAUUGCUAGUUUGUUAUCACCACUAGCUAUGAGUCCAUUAACCUCAUGGUUCAUAUCAGAAGAGGCUCCCUUUAAUUGCAAAGGUUUUAGUAUUGUCUGUGCAUCAGUUUCCUUGAUGGUUGCUUUGGUGAUCGCCUUGGGAUUAAAAUUUGAGUCGCAUUCUGAGCAUGAGCGCAAGGAUGACCUAGAUAACAUUGAGUCGCCACUCUUGUCUUGAGGCUUUGUCUCUUUUGUAGAAUACUCCAUUUGUCUCAUUGAGAUUGCUAGACUAGAGCUUAAAUGUUCUUAUUUCAAUUUGCGUUGUAUAUCAAUCUCAGUGGGACAUGGGAUGUGGGACGUGGGAUGGGGAGUACUUAGACUGCAUCAAUGGACGGCAAGGGAGAAGGAAACAGUGGAAGUGGAAGAUGAAAGGAGGGGAGUAGACAAGUGUUUUUGUCCUCCAAAUUUUUCCUUUCUCUUCUAAUCGUCUUAUUCAAACAUGUUGGUUUAAGGAACCUCUUGUUUCAACCUCAUCCUUGACAUCUCGUCUAAUCUCAGUACAUAGUUACAUAUCAAGAGUAUUAUUGAAGUUAUAAGAGUGUAAAUAUGUGCUUGAAUUAGAGGUGGCUUUAUAUGAUCGUGUGCUAUGUCGCAUUUGAUGUUGUUUUAGAAAAUUAGAGUAUUGACUAAAAUAAUUGUUCAUUUAGUACUCUGUGAAAGAGAUUAAUAAAAGGAAAAUUAGUAUGGAAA